ACCUUGAUCGAUGUUCGAAUACUCUGAAUGCUACAUCGCUACCAAAGCAAGCCUCUGCCAAGUGCUGGCUACUGACGAGACACCUCCUUUGCCCGUCUCGCAACCCGGAAUCGCUGUUUCCGUCUGCGAUUCCGUACCAGAUGUCGCUACAGAUCAUACGUGGCUUCCGUGUCUCUCUUUCUGUUUUAAUACUAUGAUGUCACCAGCUUGCUAUCCUUCACUGCUGCCGUUCAUCGGGUUGGUGUACACUUCCUCCUCCACGAGCGAUGGCCACUGCCACUAGUCUGCCCAUCCCGCCGCAUUUUCGCCGCCAUCACCAGGCACAUGCAUGAUGUUGUCGAUGAUUAUGCCAUCAGCUUGACCGGUUGCAUUGCUUGAUGGAUGCUGCCAAUCGGCUGGCUCAGGCGCAUGUGUAAAGUUCUGAGCCUCAGCCAAGCAGAACUCGUCCUCGUGUGCAGCGUCGGAUAAGCCGUCUAGUACUUCACAACCAUUCUGGGCAACACCGUACACGCUGCUGCUCGCGUCGUUCCCCUUCUAGCGUACUUUCCAUGCGCCGGUAAUAUAUUGGGCUUCAUCAUCGCCCCAAGCAUAGGUGCUAUUGACAGGGCCAGUCACAUCACUGAUCGAGCCGCUGCUGUUGGAG